AUGACGUCUUCCAAAUCUUCCAAAUCUUCCACGUCUUCCACGGGCCGGGAAGGCGUUGAUGAGCGGCCGACCAGCGAGAUUGAUAACAAGCCUCGCGGAGAGCAGCAAAGCGAAAUUGGAUGCGCUCAUGAACCUCCCACCAACGCUGGGUCGUCCAUAACCCCUCGUAACAUGUCCGACUCUCGCUUGGGGACCCCGAACCAUUCCAGCCGCCUUCCCAGUAGCUUUGUUAGCCAUGGGACUAACAGCAACCGUGACGCCUUUAUGGACUUGAAAGCAGACGUCGUCGUCGCAAGCCUGUACCAGGAUCAAAGGCGGAGACUAUAUGUCUCCGGGUGGAAUAUCAACGAAGGCGUCGUGCUGAAGCGGUCGAAGAAUCACUUUGUGUGCCAGCCUCCUCAACUUCGAGAGAUACGCGAUAGCUUUUUCGACAGUGUAUCUCAAUUGAAUGUCAGCGCGUCCGCGCAAAAGGUGGCCAUGACUGUAAACACGCCGUGGGUUCAGUCCAUUGUAUCCACCAUACGCGCGAGAGAUUUUUACAUAGACUCGAUCCCGCUUCACGGCGGCUUGAAUCUGCAAGUGUUGCAGCGAAUGACGGAUCUUCCUCGAUGUCAAAAGCACCACUUUGCCGCAUUCGUCGUGGAACCACCGCUGUUGGUCGUUUGGGACGACGAUCCAAACAAGAUUAUUAAACGAAUUGAGAGGCUCGAAGCCGACAUCGUCUCGCUGGUGUGGAAGACGGAGAUGGAGGACGAUGACGAAGAACCCCCAAGUGACACCAAGGAGUAUUACGGCGACGAAGAAGAGGGCGAAACCAUGGAGGUGAGGCCUGUCCGUCUGACGAGAGCAACAAUGGUGGGCAUGUCUUUGGCUCUGGCUCUCGUCUGCUUAGGCUUGGGUUGGAGAGCCCUUGCGCUCGAGAUCAUGCUGGACGGAUACUAUCUCAGGUUAUUGCUCUUGCUGGCGUCCCCGAUCCAGUUGUUCGUCAGUCUGUUCUUCUUCCAGACAAUUAUUGGCAACAUUUUCCAAAUCCUCGGUCCGAUCUCCGCGGUCAACUCGAACUCGCGCCACUACUCGGGCAAAGCUCCGAGGCGCCUCGGACGAGACACGGAGCUCCCUCAUGUCACGAUCCAGAUGCCCGUCUACAAGGAAGGGCUCAACGCCGUCAUCCGACCUACCAUUGCUUCCCUCAAGGCGGCAAUUUCAACAUACGAGAUGCAGGGAGGCACCGCCAACAUUUUCGUAAACGACGACGGGAUGCAACUGAUCGACGAGUCGUUGGCGAGGGCACGUCGGGACUUCUACGAGGAGCACAAUAUCGGAUGGGUGGCGCGGCCAGCACACAACCCCAAGCCCGAGGACCCGAGCAAGGAGAAGCCGUUCAUACGCAAGGGCAAAUUCAAGAAGGCGUCCAACAUGAACUAUUGCCUUACGACGAGCAACAAAGUCGAGGACAAGCUUCAGGAAAUCCAGCGCCCGGCCGGGUGGACCCGACAGGACGAAGAAGCUGCGUACGAGAGGUGUUUGGCUGAGGUUAUCCAGGAGUCGGAGGGCAGAACUUGGGCAGGGGGAAAUAUUCGGAUGGGCGACUAUAUUUUGCUUGUCGACUCGGAUACGCGUGUGCCUCGAGACUGUCUCCUAGAUGCCGUUAGCGAGAUGGAGCAGUCGCCAGAGGUUGCCAUCAUCCAGCAUACUUCGGGAGUCAUGACCGUCACAGAAUCCUUUUUCGAGAGAGCUGUCACAUGGUUUACCAACCUCAUCUACACGAGCAUCAAGUUCUGCGUAGCCAACGGAGACAUCUGUCCCUUUGUCGGCCACAACGCCAUUCUCCGCUGGCGAGCCCUCCAGGACGCUGCCGCGUACAUCGAUCCCGACGACAACACCGAAAAGUACUGGUCCGAGUCCCACGUGUCGGAAGACUUCGACAUGGCCCUCCGCCUCCAGUCCGCCGGCUACGUCCUCCGCUUCGCCGCAUACUCAAACGGCGAAUUCCAGGAAGGUGUCUCCCUCACUGUGUACGACGAACUUGCGCGAUGGGAGAAGUACGCUUUCGGCUGCAACGAAUUGCUGUUCCAUCCUCUUCGGUUCUGGCUAUUCCGAGGACCCUUCGCCCCCGUCUUCAAGCAGUUCAUCACGUCGAAAAUACACUUUUAUCACAAGCUCACCAUCAUGGCGUACAUUGGCACUUACUACGCCAUCGGUGCGAGCUGGGUGUUGACUCUGAUGAACUACUUCCUCACGGGCUGGUUCUUCGGUCUGUACGACAAGUACUACAUUGAUUCGUUUGCCAUUUACUUGUCGAUUAUUGUGGUGUUCCCUCUCAUGGGGAACUUUGCGCUCUCCAUCCUGAGGUACCGCCUUGGCGAGGAGGAUCUUCUCUCAGCAUUGUGGACAAACUUCAAGUGGAUGCCCCUCUUCACCAUCUUCCUCGGCGGCAUCUCGCUCCACGUAUCGAAAGCUCUUCUAAGCCACUUCUUCGAGAUCGACAUCCAAUGGGGCGCCACGGCCAAGGAAGUCGAGCGCGUCAACUUCCUCGAGGAGGUACCCAAGAUCCUGCGCACCUUCGCCGGCACCUUCAUCUUUUGCAUCGGCUGCACGGCGCUCAUCAUCUGCGGGUACUACGUAUUUCCGAGGGAAUGGCAGAUUCGGUAUUUCGCGUCUAUAUAUCCGCUUAGUUCGGUUAUUGUUACGCAUUUCUGCGUGCCGGUGUUGUUGAACCCGGCGUUGAUGAAGUUUACUUUCUAA